AUGCAAGACAACAUCGUACCAGUAUCAAUAGUAAAAGAGUUAGAAGAUUCUUACCUCUCUUAUGCAAUGAGUGUAAUUAUAAGUCGUGCUAUACCGGAUGUGCGUGACGGUUUCAAACCAGUUCAUAGACGCAUACUGUAUGCAAUGUCCAGAGCUGGAUAUGAUGCUGGUAAGCCAUAUAAAAAAGCAGCUAGAGUUGUCGGUGAUGUGAUGGGUAGAUACCACCCACACGGUGAUGCCGCAAUUUAUGAUUCCCUAGUGAGAAUGGCACAGGACUUUUCUCUCCUUUUACCACUGAUUGAUGGGCAAGGUAACUUUGGAUCGAUAGACGGGGAUCCUCCUGCUUCAAUGCGGUAUACAGAAGCAAGGCUACAUAAGGUAUCACAUUUUUUACUGAAUGACAUCGAUGAGGAUACUGUUGAUUUUAGGCCAAACUACGAUGGUAACGAAUCUGAGCCGGUUGUAUUACCCGCAGAAUUUCCAAACUUAUUGGUCAACGGCGCAAGUGGUGUUGCAGUUGGAAUGGCAACUAACAUCCCUUCUCAUAAUCUUGGUGAAAUAAUUGAUGCUUGUAUUUUGUACAUAGAUAACCCUGAGGUUACUUUAGAUGAAUUACUGGAGGUAAUACCUGGUCCAGACUUUCCAACAGGUGGAGUAAUCCUUGGUAGGACAGGUAUAAAAUCAGCAUUUGCAACAGGUCGAGGCUCGAUCGUUGUACAGGGUAAAACUCACAUAGAGGAUUUACCUCAAGAUAGGCAGGCAAUAGUCAUCGACGAAAUACCUUAUCAAGUCAAUAAAGUUAAGUUGAUAGAAAAGAUAGGUGAGCUUGUUAAAGAAAAAAGGAUUGAUGGCAUAGUGGAGAUCAGGGAUGAGUCCGAUAAAUCUGGUAUCAGGGUAGUAAUUGAACUCAGGAAAAACGCUGCAGCGGAUUUCAUAUUAAAUCAAAUACUAGGGUUAACUCCUCUGAGAAGUAGUUUUAGUGUUAACACACUAGUGUUAAAUAACAAUAGGCCAGCUUUGAUGUCAUUAAAAGAGAUCAUAACUGCCUUUAUCGACUUCAGAAAAGAAGUACUGGUUAGAAGAACAGAGUUUCGAUUGAGAAGAACAAGAGAAAAGGCGCAUAUACAUAUAGGACUCUAUAUUGCAGUCUUAAGUAUAGACGAGGUGAUAAAAAUUAUUCGUGGUGCAAAAGAUCCUGCAGAAGCUUGUAGAGAACUUCUCAAUAAAGAGUGGAAAACUUCAUCUGAGAUACAGACAAUUAUUGAAUUAAUUUCAGAUAGCACAAGCUUUUUAGAAGACGGAGUAUAUAGGUUCACUGAGCUGCAGGCAAAAGCUAUCCUUGAUAUGAAGUUACAACGCUUAACAGGGCUUGAAAAAGAUAAAUUAGAAGCUGAGCUACACUCUAUGGUAAACUUAAUAAAAGAAUAUAUUGAUUUCCUCGGCUCAGAAGAAAAAUUGAUGAAAGAAAUUAAAGUCAAUUUACAGGAAAUCAAGAACAGAUUUGCAGUUUCGCGAAAAACUGCGAUUGAAGAGUCAGAUGUAGAUAUCGAAGCUGAAGAUCUAAUUCCACAGGAGGACAUGGUCGUCACUGUAACCAUGAAUGGUUAUAUCAAGCGUGUAAAACUUUCUCACUACAGAACUCAACGUCGUGGUGGCAAAGGAAAGUUGGGACAAGGGUUAAAAGAAGAGGAUGUAAUAACUAAAUUAUUUGUCGGCAAUACUCACACUAGCGUCUUAUUCUUCUCUAAUAUUGGUCGAGUAUAUAAACUAAAAGUUUAUAAAUUACCUCUCUCAGAACCAAGUGCACGCGGAAGAGCGUUGGUUAACAUAUUCCCACUGAUUGAUGGAGAAACUAUCACUAAUAUCAUGCCCCUACCAAAUGAGAUUGAUGAGAGUUUCAACAUAGUUUUCGCCACUGCUUAUGGCAAUAUAAGACGUAACUCUCUAGCAGAUUUCGAUUAUAUUCCAAGCAAUGGCAAAAUAGCAAUUAAAUUAGAUGAAGGUGAUAAGUUGAUAGCAGUUAAAGUAUGCACUGAAAGUAACCAUAUAUUGCUUUCAACAAGGUCAGGAAAAAGUAUUAGAUUCAUUGCAAGCGAUGUGCGCCAAUUUAAGAGUAGGAACUCAGAUGGUGUAAGGGGUAUCAAGCUUGCAAAAGCCGAUAGUGUAAUGUCAAUGACGAUAUUAAAUGGUGUGGAAAUUACCACAGAAGAAAAAGAGCUUUACCUAAAGGUUUCACUUAGCAAGAGAUUAGAAGCUGCACACAGUGAAGUUAUAGAUCACAAGCUAGAAAAGAUAUUAAGUGGUAUAGAAAUAGACAACGAAGCGUUCUUAAAAUUCGCUAAAAAUGAAGAAUUUAUAUUGACCAUCACAGAAAAUGGCUUCGGUAAAAGAACUUCCGCAUAUGAAUACAGAACUACCGGUAGAGGCGGUAUUGGCAUUACAAAUAUACUCACGACUAGCAGAAAUGGCAAUGUUGUUGCCAGCUUUCCAGUUAAACAGGAUGAUAAUAUUAUGCUUAUAACGGAUAAAGGCAAAUUAAUUCGAAUUUCAGUUAAUGACAUAAGAAUCGCAGGACGCAGCACUCAAGGAGUAACUCUAUUUAAAACAGAAAAAGAUGAAAAGGUAGUAUCAGUUGCAAAAGUUGAAGAUGCCGAUUCUUCUGAAGAGAGCUCUCUUGAAGAGAAGCUCCCCUCUUAA